GCGCCCUUUGACCUUUCACCAGGUGAACAUGGCGGCUUCGUGGGUUCCAGCGUGGCUCGAGUCUCUCCUUCUCUUCCUCAUUCCGCACUCCUGCAUAGAGGAGCUGCUCGUCAACUUCAACAUCUUUCACGUUGAGUGCCUGAAGAUCCUGAUCAGCAAAGUUCUUGGCUAUGGCAUCAUUUUGGGUUCCUCCAUCGUUAAGGUUCCGCAGGUGAUAAAGAUCGUGUUAGCGAGGAGUGCGGAGGGGAUCAGUAUCUACGGCGUGCUGCUGGAACUAACCGCCAUCACAAACACACUGGCGUACUCCUACGCUAACAAGUACCCCUUCAGUGCCUAUGGUGAGGCCCUGUUCAUGCUGUUCCAGACAGCAGCCAUUGCCUUCAUGGUUCUGUACUUCCAGGGAAAACAUGCAGCAGCUGUUGGCUUCCUGGGUUGUUACGCUGCUAUCCUGUCGUACCUGCUAUCAGGGAUGGCUCCAAUGUCCCUCCUGGCUACACUCCACGCUUCCGGCAUGCCUGUAGUCCUCGUCAGUAAGAUGAUUCAAGCCAUCGCCAACUAUCGCCAGGGUCACACCGGUCAGCUGUCAGCCAUCACGGUGUUCCUCCUGACGCUGGGGUCCGUGGCACGAAUCUUCACGUCGUACCAGGAGACCGGCGACUCUCUCCUCAUCAUGACCUACGUCGUAUCCUCAGCUGCCAACGCGCUGAUAGCUUUACAGAUGGUCUGGUACUGGAACGUAUCCCAGAAGCCCAAAGCAGAGUGACCUCUGACCUAUCGCGGAUUGUCCUGGAAAGUUUCCCAACAGAAAUCAUUGACCAGAAGAAAAUAUUUUCCAGUUUUCCAAUGUUUUAUUCUCACUUUUCUAGAAACUUUCUCAAUACAACAAUCCUAAUUUUGAGACUUUACAAUGGACAAUGACACUUGUGUCAGGUGAAGGUUUGUAGUUUCACUCAUCAAAAUUAGAUAAUUUCUUAUAAGAUGGAAACUGUCAAAUUAUCCUCCUGUGAAUAGCUAUUUUAAAAACAGAACCAAACUUGGAUAGGUUUUUUUCUCUGAAAUUGAAAAUGUCAUUGAGGCUCUUUCAAAGCUUGAAAUAUUUUAGUGUUUCUCAUUCUUCUCAAAUGGCCUAAAAUUUCCCUCAUUCUUGUGGAUUCCUAGGUGUUCAUUUGAUUUUUAGACUUUUGACUUUUAUAGCAAACUUUCAGUAACUGUAUCUUCUACGAUCAAUGAAUGAAUUUCACACACGCAUUGGUCACUUACCAGCAGUCGGACAGUUUCUGUUUGUCAAAGAGAAACAAACAAACAAAAAAACAUAAUAUUAAUAAUGUAGACAACAUUUCAUUUGAGAUGAAGGCAUCUAUUUUAAAGCAGUAACUAAGGAAAGUUUUUGUUUUCUCCAGUGAAAAGAUGAUUACUUGGCACUUUCUCCUUUAGUCCUAUUAAUCUGAAAACUUUGAAAAUGAUUCCUGUGGCAAGAAUGUAACUUGUGACAAUGAGAUUGCAGAAAUAUUUCUGUUAUCGAUGAUGGUAUAGUUAAGACAUUGUUAUGACAAGUAUUUUCUCGAGAAUUCAUUGAUCAAAAUAUAUUUGUAUAGUUAGAUUACUAAGUGCCAGAUUGUAUGGUGAACAAUUUAACUUAAUUCGUAGAAUUGACCAUGUUUUAACUCAGGGCACAUGUCAAAGGUAACAUACUGAAAAUGAAAAUGUUAAUUGUGUCAUAAGUCAGUGAACAUGUGGUGUGUAUAUACCACAUUUUUAGAUAGUUACUUAAUUGAUUAAGCUUUAAAGAUUUACCUGAAUUGACUUGAAA